AACUGGAGAACACUAAGAAGUCACAGAGAAAACCAGUUUGCUCCAUAAAACGUCCAUCAGACCUUUUUCUGUCCCGUUCUCAGGGAAACCAUGAAUCUAGCAUGAUGUCAGCUGAAGUUGCGUUUCAGAAGUUUUCCUUUCCGUUCGCCUGCGCCGUGCACCUUUCUGCCCAGGAGAGUGUGACCCAGAAGGACUGUGUCCAGGUCCAGAAGCCAGAGCACCAUGAACCUGAAGAGAAUCCAGACUUCAGCGAGCCAAGUCCUGUUAGAGUCGUGGCUGCUCGCUUGCACGGUGAGCAUCCAGCCCAGGUGAGCACAGCGCCCACCUGUGGAGAGGCCCGGGUGUCUGAGGCCCGGGUGUCUGAGGCCCRGGUGUCUGAGGCCCGGGUGUCUGAGGCCCGGGUGUGCACCGAGGCCCGGGUCUGCACCGAGGCCUCCCAGAGUGCCUUUGAGCAUCUGAGGGUGGAAGCUGAAGAUCAGCGCCCAGCAGCAAAGAGACAGCUGUCGACCGAGAGCGCAGCUCGCUCCAUCACAGCUGUGAAGAAAAGCACGGUGAGAAAAGAGGCAGAGGAGCAAAAACAGCCGAACACACAGCCGAGACCGAGGCCUGCACCRCUCACUGCUGCAGCUGCAGCUGUGGGGAAGAGGAAACGCAGGAAGGACCUCUUCACCAGCUCAGAGGUCUUCCACAGACUGGACUCACGUGUCCUCAGGACAGGAGCAGAGCUCAAACAGAAGUGUGUGUUCGACGUGAAGACCAUCGUCCGAAGCAUCACUCAGGGGUCCAGAAACAAGCUGGAGCGGCUCCGGUCCAUCUGGGUCUGGCUGUGCCACAACAUCGAGUACGACGUCAGUGGGUAUCUGGGCCUUUCGGAGAAGCUGAGCUCACCUGAGGAGGUGAUCGCUGCCGGUCGGGGCGUUUGCUGCAGCUACUCCAACCUUUGCUCAGAGAUGUGCCGAGAGGUGGGUAUCGAAUGCCGUUCCGUGCCGGGCCACAGUAAGGGCGUCGGCUACCGUCCGGGGCGGAGCCUCAGGAGCGUGAAGUCAGACCACCUGUGGAACGCGGUGGUCCUGGGGGGACAGUGGUUCCUGCUGGAUGCCUGUUGGGGGGCCGGCAGGGUGGACAUGGAGAACAAGAGCUUUGUCAAAAGGUUUGAUGACUUCUACUUCCUAACGGACCCGGAGGAGUUGAUCGAUUCUCACUUCCCGGACGAGGAGCAGUGGCAGCUCCUGGACCCCCCGGUCCCCCUGGAGGAGUUUGAGAAACGGGUUUUUAAGACCUCGGCCUUCUUCACCCUGGGCCUCAGACUGAGGACUCCUCAUCAUUUCCACAUCCUUACAGAUGACGGCGAGGCCAACGUGUCCCUCGGCUUCUCCAGGCCGACCACGUUCACCUACGAGAUCACGCCUCACCGCGACCUCCUCCACUCCGGAGCUCUGGAGCAGAAGGAGGCGGGCGGCUCCUCGUUCGGCCUCCUGACUGUCUCCCCGCAGAGCAUGAAGCUGCAGCUCCUGCCGCCUGCCAGCGGCACCUACGACGUGAAGCUGUUUGCGAGGCCCGAGUCGACCGCCGCGCCGCUGGUUUGGGUUUGCUCCUUCACGGUGGAGUGUCCGCUCCCGAGGGCCACGGAGGACAUCCCAGACAACCCCUUCCUGUCUUGGGGGCUGCAGCCUUUCGCGGCUUCGUUGGGCGUUUCCGGCAGCAGCCGCGGUGGGGAAGUAGCCGAAGUUAACGAGGGAGUCUUAGACGUGGAACUGAAGACCUCCAGGCCUCUGAUGGUGCUUUGUGAACUGGUCCACCCACAUCUGGAGGCGUCUGCAGCCAAGCGCUGCCUGGCCACUCAGAUUCAACCAGACAUCCUGACGUGUCACGUUCUGUGUCCACUGCGAGGUUUCUACCGGUUGUCGGUGUUCGUGCGAGACUACGAGAAGGCCGAGGCUAAAUUCCAAAACGCCGCCAACUUCCUGCUGCACUGCAAGGGGAAGGUGGUUGACCCGGAUGAGCUGUUUCCUCCUAACCUGGGCUCAGCUUGUGGGCCUGGGACCCGGACCUCUGAGGCGGGGUUGUCUAAGUUCAGCCACACCGCGGCCACGCUGAGCACCCAGCAAGGGAAGGUCAACCUGACCUUCUGCAACCAGCGGGACCUGCACCUGCACUGCGUGCUCGGCAAAGAGACGAACGCCUCGGCGUUCCCUCUGUCUCGUUACCUCUUCUGCACGUUCACGGACAGCAAGGUGACGGUGAGCCUCAGCCUGCCGGGGCCCGGCGUGUACCGACUCGGACUCUACGCCUGUAUCGACCCCGGCUCGGACUUCAGUCCCAUGUGCGACUUCGUGGUGAGGAACAGCUUCUCUCAACCGAGACCUCCGUUCCCCCGCGUCUACUCGGGGUGGAGGAGGGGCUGCGUGCUCUUCGAGCCCCGCAUGGGCCUCCUGGAGCCCCUCUCCAGGGUCCAGUUCAGGGUCCGGGUGCCCGGGGCCCAGAGGGUGAGCGUGGUGGGGGACGGACGGACCGAUCUGAAACUGAACAAGACCAGGAUCUGGGAGGGGGAGGUCUUCACCACCGACAGUCCUCAGGAGCUGAAACUGGCCGCCUGCUUCGAGGAGUCGGCUGACAUGGCCGUUCUGAUGGUGUUUGAGGUGAGGAAGAGGAGCGAUGAAGAACCAAAACAAAGUGUUGGACAAUGAAGCCGCUGGUGGAGAACCAGGGUUCAGGUGUGUUGACUUCAACUGGAUGAACUCGUUUUUAUUCUGACGAUCAGAGCUUUGUUAAAUUAAUACUUUAAACCAAAUAUGAAACAUUUGUUCAGA